AAGAUUAGUGGGAUCGAUUAUAGCUUCACAUCUGAAAAAAUAAAAUCUAAAAUUUUGUUGAUCGAUUUGCUUAAUCUCUUGAAAAUGGAGCAGGAAUUGGACUUAACACUGAAGUUGGGUUUGCCAAAUUCGACUGUUGACACACAUCUGAGCUUAAACCUUUCCACCACCACCACUAAUCAGAGAACCAACGUCGUGGCCAACGGCCGUGGAGACAACAACAACGACGGCGGCGAAGUUUUAAACCACCGUCGGGCUCUUUGGGGAAAUGAUGAAGUGAUCCACAACGAAGCUGCAAGAAACAACGUGGAAUUCAACAUCAGAAUCUACAAUUACGUGGUUCAACAGAUUGCUGGCGCCCCCAACACCUCGAACUUUGCUCCUUAUCCGAUGCCACCGUCUCCGGCACCGGCACCGGCACCGGUACCGGCUCCGGAGACGCCUCCGGCGAGUGAUGAGUAUGUUCUGAUUGAUGUUCCUGCUAGGAGAGUUCGUCGUAACAACUCUACGGCGAUGGCAAACACUUGGAACGAAAACGCAACCGCGAAGCGGCUUCGCGGUUGCGGUGGAUUCUGCGGGGGCAGGAUUGAAGGGAUGAAGAAGUGUACGAACAUGAAUUGUAACGCACUUAACACUCCUAUGUGGCGAAGGGGUCCUCUUGGUCCUAAGAGUUUAUGCAAUGCUUGUGGGAUCAAGUUCAGGAAGGAGGAAGAGAGAAAAGCCAAAAGAAAUGGAGUGAUUGAAUUAGAUAACUAAUAUAAAGAAAAUAAGAGAAGUUGAUUGUUGAUUAGGCAUUGUAUUAUCAAUGUCUCUGGUUAAGCCUUAAUUAUGAGAGAAAAGCUGAAGUUUUGAGAGUUAUCAUUUAAGCAAUUGUAAUGUUAAGGUCGCUCAUUUGCAAAUCUUG